AUGCCUGACGAUAAGAAACCAAAAGAUAAUGAAAAAACGGUAGUAGCGAGUAAUCGACCAGAAAAUGAAGCAAUUGGCAGUAGUGACUCUACUGAAACAACAGGUUCUUAUCCAAUACGUUUACCAAAACAUCCUCAUCGUGCAACUGGUGGAUUAAUUCUUGAAAAAUUUAAAGACUUUUAUGAUUAUUAUUGGCAUUAUUAUCGUUGGGCACCUACACGUAUUGCUACACGAUUUUUUUGGAGUGAGAAUGGAUGGGAAUCGUUAAAAGAAUUUACAUCAACUGGUAUGUGGUCACUUGAUGUUGAUGCACCAAUACCUCAACGAUUGGCUGCAGGUCUUGGUUUAGGUUUAAAAGCAUCAAUAUUUAUUUAUGCUCUUAAUUAUCGUAAUCUUCGUACACGUUAUCAAGUUCCUCGUAAUCCUGCUAUAUUUCGUGCACUUCGUCCAUGUGCAUUUUUUACUGCAUCAUGUCUUAUUUAUUGUGGUUCAUGGCCAGUUGUUCGUGCUUUACGUGGUUAUCAAGAAACAGAAAGUGGUCGUGAUAUUGAUGCAGCACUUGUUGGUGCUUUGUCAGGCGUCAUAAUAUCAGCAAUGUGGAUUCGAAAUUCUCGUUUUGUUGGAGUAUCACUUCCAGUUGCAUAUAUUCUCGGUGGUGUAUCAGCUGGUCUUUACAAUGCAUCUCAUGCAGGUUAUGCAACUAAAAGAGGUGUAGUUGGUGGUUGGUCGGAUGUACAUCACUGGGCUCGUGGAAAUCUAUUUUUUGGACCAUCAUAUGAAGAACGUUUAUCGAAAUUUCAAUCCCAACUAAAAAAUGUUAAAUAUCAAGAAUAUCUUGAAACAUCAAUGAAAACCCGUUGGUGA